AUGGAGGGACGGGGCUUUACCUUGUGUGUCCUGGCGGUGUCCUGCUUGCUCCAAGUCUCCCUGCAGGGUCAGUACCAGAGGCGCCUCUAUAAGGAGCUGAUGAAAAACUAUAAUCCUUUGGAGCGACCCGUCUGGAACGACUCCAGCUCCCUCACAGUGCACUUCAGCUUCAGCCUCAUGCAGAUCAUGGACGUGGAUGAGAAGAACCAGGUCCUGACCACCAACAUCUGGCUCCAACUGUACUGGACAGAUUACUACUUGCAAUGGAACAUGUCUGACUACCCGGGGGUGACCAAUGUCCGGUUCCCUGAUAACCAGAUCUGGAAGCCUGACAUCCUGCUGUACAACAGUGCUGAUGAGAGGUUUGAUGCCACCUUCCACACCAAUGUCCUGGUUAACUCCUCAGGGUACUGCCAGUACCUUCCUCCAGGGAUCUUCAAGAGCACCUGCUAUAUUGACGUGCGCUGGUUUCCAUUUGAUGUCCAGCGCUGCGACCUGAAGUUUGGCUCCUGGACGUACGGUGGCUGGUCUCUGGACCUGCAGAUGAUGGAGGCUGACAUCACAGGCUACAUCGCUAACGGAGAGUGGGACCUUGUGGAGGUCCCCGGGCGGAGGAACGAGCGCUUCUAUGACUGCUGUAAGGAGCCAUAUCCCGAUGUAACUUUCACGGUGGUCAUGAGGAGACGCACGCUCUACUAUGGCCUCAAUCUCCUGAUCCCCUGCGUCCUCAUCUCCACGCUGGCCCUGCUGGUCUUCCUGCUGCCUGCCGACUCUGGGGAGAAGAUCUCACUGGGUAUCACGGUGCUGCUCUCUCUGACAGUCUUCAUGUUGUUGGUUGCUGAGAUCAUGCCGGCCACCUCUGAUUCUGUUCCUCUCAUUGCCCAGUACUUUGCCACCACCAUGGUCAUCGUUGGCCUGUCAGUCAUCGCCACGGUGCUGGUUCUGCAGUACCACCAUCACGACCCAGAUGGGGGCAAGAUGCCAAAAUGGACUCGUGUGGUUCUGCUGAACUGGUGUGCCUGGUUCCUGAGGAUGAAGCGGCCCGGAGAGACGGGGCCGCGCCUGGUGUGCCGCAACGCUGCCAAGCAGCCGUGCGGCAGCCUGUCCAGUGUGGAGCUCACCACCAACCAGGGGGCGCUGCAGCACCACCAGCAGGUAACCAAUGGCAACAUGCUCUACGUGGGCUUCGCCUCCUCUGCCGAAAGUGAGCUCCUGUGUUCCAGAAUGGUGGGAGGUGCUGGGGAUGAGGAGAUGCUGCUUCGCGGGGCCAGGAUGCCCUGUUUGGGGGGCGGGUCAGCAGCCGGUGGCGGGCUGAGGGUCGGAGGAUGCGUGGUGAGCUCAGCGCUCGAGUCGGACCUGACCAAGAUCCUGGAGGAGGUGCGUUACAUGGCCAGGCGCUUCCGCGGGCAGGACGAGGAGGAGACGGUGAGCAGCGAGUGGAAGUUUGCGGCCGCAGUGAUCGACCGCCUCUGCCUGAUGGCGUUCUCCCUCUUCACCAUCCUUUGCACCAUCGGCAUUCUCAUGUCUGCUCCCAACUUUGUGGAGGCCAUCUCCAAAGACUUCUUCACCUGAGGAGGUGAAGACAGAGACCUAUAUUUGAUACCUCGUGCUCUCUCUCUCUGUAUCUCUGUCUCUGUCUCUCUCUCUCUCUCUCUCUCUCUCUCUGUCUCUCUCUCUCUCUCAGAGUGAGAUAAUGACAUGGUUAAUGUUUUCUGCAAAAACUGCACAGCACAUCUCAACAACAAAG